CUUACAGGAACGGACUCCAAUCCAAAAGAAUGAAACCUAACGGAUAAUUACAAAAGGCUUUAGAAACAAAGUCCCAUAAAGAAGUAUUAAAUCUAAUGUGAUCCCAAACAUAACAGAGCCUCAUAAAGAAGUAUUAAAUCUAAUGAGAUCCCAAACAUAGUCAACGGAUUUCUCCACCUCCCUAAACAGCCUAUUAUUUCUCUCUUAUUUGUUCGAGGAGCAUGAAUCCUAAAUGUCUAGAAUAUUAAAGAUCUACAAUUGGAUACGCUUUAAAAUAAAUUGCUUAGAAAUUAGGUGCUUGUGUUUGUUUCACAAGCUUUCUUCAGGUGAAUAAAUUUAUCUAUUUAACAUAAAUGCCACGUGCACAUCACUCUCUUUUAUGAAAACUAUUCUACUGUUUUGUUUGUAAUUGCUAACACCUCCCUUUUGGUUUGAUGUGAUGCGAUCAUGAAAGCUGUUAUUUUUAAAUAAUAAAUAACAUGGGUAUCAAUAAUCAUGUCUAAACUGCGAGUAAUUGUGUCAUUGUAUUAAUAUCACAGUUUAACUCACAUCUAUCCUAUUAGCUAAUAUAUACAUAAAGCUUAUGUGAUGUUAUUGAUGGAAUUGGGAAGGAUCCCAUCUGGUGUUCAGUUAUCAUUUUUGUUAAUGCUUGUUGGCUUUAUUUUUAUUCCUUGUCACGGGUAUGUUUCUUUCUCUAGCUUUUUGUAGUUAGGGAUCAUUUUUCUCUUCCAAAUCUAGAUAUAAUAUUGUGUUGUAGGAUUGAGAAACCCUGAAAUGUCUCCCUCUCCAACUCAUCAAUUCCAUCAACAUUCACCUGACCAGAGAAUGUUUCAUGCACGAGGGUUUAAUGGAUCUGGUUGCCAUGGUGGCCCAGCGAUUCCCAGGCCGUUUCCUAUGGAUCGAGGAACUCCUGGUAUCUGGAGCGGACCGAGAAGCCCAUUUGUCAACCAAUUCCCUGGCCAUCCUCCAAGGGGGAUGAGCUCCCCCAGAAGCCCAUUUGUCAACCACUUCCCUAGCCAUCCACCAAGGGAUAUGAGCUCCCCCAGCAUUGUUCCUGGACCAAGAGGUAAUUCUUACACCAAUCCAAUGCAAGACAGGGUUAAUUACCAUACUCCUAGCCCUAGUUCAGGGUAUGAAGGCAGUCCUAGCCCAGGUCGAGGCAGCCAUGGUUUUUGUGGCAAUAUGACCCCUACUUCAAGAUUUGGCUCUGGACGAGGUUCCAGUUAUCAUGGUCGUCACUUUUCAUCGAACAAAUCGCUCAGGCCCGAGCAUUUUCCAUUUUAUAAUGAAUCCAUGCUUGACGAUCCCUGGAAAGAUUUGCAACCUGGUAUUUGGAGGACAACCGCUCGUGCCAACUCUUCGGAAUCUUGGAUUUCAAGAUCCCGUAUGAAAAAAGCAAGAGUUUCAGAACCUUUCAGCAGCUCAAGCUCUCAACCUAGCCUCGCCGAGUACCUGGCUGCCUCGUUCAAUGAAGCAGUGGACGAUGCACCAAGUGUGUGAAACUUUUAUCCGGAGCUCCGUUGAAGCCAUUUCAUCUUACUGCAGAUUCCAACCUAGUACAACUGCAACCAAAAGGAGAGUAAUUUUUCUCUAUAUACUGGUUAUAAAUGUGGUAAAAUUCAAAGGUAAUCUAUGGUGAUCAUGGCACAGUUAUCUCUCCAUGUUGGGUUACGACUUCUAUGUACACUUUCUUCGGUUAGUUGCAUGUUUUAUCAACCAUGUUUAGAGGAUAAUGGACAUGAUUUAGCUUUGUUUUGUUGUCU